CUUGGUUUAGUUUUCUUGUUGCUUCUUCAGUCGUUGUAUGUAUUAUUAUGCGUUCAGUGGAGUUUUUGAAUAAAUUGUAAAAAGUAUAAAAGCGAAUAUUAAAACCAAUCGUGAUUAUUAUUAUAUAGAACAGCGUUUGUUAAUCCCGACCAAUGCGGUGCAGUGUGUAUUAACAACAACAAUUUAUAUGAAAUAUAAGUAAUGUUAAUACCAAGAAUCAUGCGUUACACAUAAAUAAUAAGCGAAAAUGUUGAAUGGUUUGUUUAUUUGCGCCCACGCAGAGUGCGUUUGAAUAAUAGUAGAGUUUUUGGUGAUACGAGUGGAGAAUUAAAGAAAUAUUGGAUAAAGUGAAAAUAAUUAAAAGCGUUUUAUUUAGAUAUCCACCAGAUUGAAAUAGUAGAGCGCAUGCAACAGAUCUCCAUUUAAAAGUAUUCUCAACUGCAAGCUGAUAGUGAGCUAAAAAAAAAGUGCUAAUAUACAUACAUACAUAUACACAUAUAUAUUUAAAUAUAAGGGGAGAAGCAUAAAAGUGCAUCUGUGCCAAAUAUAGUGUGUGUAUGUGCUAGUGCGUGUGUGAGCUUACGCGAACUAGUCGACGAGAAUGUGCGAUAAUGAUGAAUCCUUUUCGUCACAGCAACAAGAAAAUUUGCAUAAUUCGAAUAUGAAUGACAGCCUUGAGACUGCAGAGUUGCUACCUGCACACAACCAAAGUCAUUUGGCGCACGAUGCCAUUUCCUUGUGCAGUUCAGAAACAUCUUUCGAUCAGCAGCUGCAUCAGACCACACAAUCAUUGGCUAUAGCCAGUUCAAUAAUGGCCGGUUUUGGCUAUGAACCGAAUAGUAUUGGUAAUGUUAUUGGUGGUAGUGGUGGUGGUGGUAUUGGUAUGAUUAGCGGUGGUAGCGGCUGCGACAGCACUUCAAAUAGUAUUGUGCGUUAUAAUAAUGAUUUAAAUAUUUUCGGUUCAAGUGAGUCUGUAGGUGUAAUGGCAACGCCCACGGGUCCACAACCAUCGCUAGCACCACAAAUAGCUGCAGCUGUGAAUACGGUCAAGAUCAAUGUAGAAGAACUGUUACGCGAGAAUCGUGCACUGCGCGAAAAGCUCAAGGAAGUCACAGCCGAUCGCGAUCAUUUGCUUUGCGAAGUGUCUAAUCUACGUUUAGAACUGGAUAUGUCGGCGUUGAAGCAGCUGCCCGAACAAAGUUUCCCACAAAAAUCCAUCGAGCGUAGCGGUUCGACCCAAUAUGACAUUGCCGCACCGCCAGGCUCCACAACGUCCGGUUCGACAAUGUCAACAGAUUGUGUUGGCGGCGGUGGUAUUGGUGGUGGUGGGGGCGGCUACGUUUACCUGCAGCAACAUUAUAUACCCUCGAGCUCUUCGAGUGCGGCUAUAAAUUAUCCCGUAAUGCCACAAUCUCACAUGAUUUACCAACAGCAACAACAACAGUAUGCAACCUCGUGCCAUCAACAGCAAAUCGCACAUCAGCCAGCAACAGUAGUAGCGGGAGCUGGUGGCAUGCAUCAUGGCCAACAUGUGAGCUUACAUCACCAGCAUCAUCAUCAUCAUCUGCUGCAUGGCCAUCAUCAUCAUCAUGGCGGUGCCGUUGUGAUUGCUGGUAGCGGUGUUGGCACUGGCAUGGGCAGCGGUGCGGUUGUUGCUGGCGGCGGUGGUCCCGGUAGUACAUCGCCGUCGGCAAUGCAGCAGAAUAUGCACAAAAAGAAUUCGAUAAGAAAUGGCAGCGAUGUGCUGAAGCGUGCACGUGCACAGACAGCAUACGAGCUCUCACAAGAUUUGUUGGAGAAACAAAUUGAACUAUUGGAGCGUAAGUACGGUGGCGUGCGGGCACGUAAUGCUGCCAUAACGAUACAACGCGCCUUCCGCCACUAUAUGAUGGUGAAAAAGUUCGCCUCGAUUACAGCAAUGGCCAAAGCAGAGAAACGUCUUAGUCGUCGUGUUCUUAUUGUAUCUAGUGGUGGUAGUGGCGCUGGCGCCGAGGAAGGCCCUGCCUCCAAUUCAUCAUUGUCCUCAGCAUAUGGUAGUGCAACGGAAUCUCAGCUGGAUAUAAUGCAGCAACAGCAACAACAGUCAGCAUAUGCCGUACAACAGCAACAACAACAGUCACAAAAUCUACAACAACAACAACAACAAGCGCCACGUGUUACCAUCUUGGCUGGUCCACCGGGCAGUGUAGUGGGCGGCACAACAUCUGUACCGAUUGUUUCGUCGAAUGCCAUGUCAUCGCGCACACCACCCACGCGUUCGUUGUCGAUGCGCGAGCGUCGCCAGCAGGACGGUAGUCCCAUACCGCGUAGUCAAUCGGGCGCCUCAUCGGUCCCCAUCGGCGGCAGUGGCGGCAACUCCUCCGCCUCGUCCACAUCUUCCGGCGGCACACUCGGUUCGGGCGCUCACCCGCAUGUGAAUCUACUACACGCCACCGAGCCACAUUUCUACGGUAGCCAACAUCUGGCAACGCAGUACUAUCAUGUGCCGCCACAUGAAGCCAGUUACGCCAGCUCGGUGAAUAAUUCACAAUUGGACAGCUCGUUGAAUACGUCGUGGGCGAGCAUAACCAGUGGUACUUCACCACACACACCCUACUAUUCGGCGGCGCAAAUUUAUAUGCGACCCAAAUGCACAACCGGCAGCACAUCGGCAGAGCGUAAGAAGGUGCCACCAGAGGUGCCGAAACGCACCUCUUCCAUAGCGGCACAACAGCAUGCACAGCAUCUGGCCGCGCAGCAACAACACCAACAUAUGCUAAUGAUGCGUCAAACACCGCCACCACCGGCGUUAUUACGGUCGAACGGUUUGUGUAAGAGCGCCGAGAAUGGCAGUCUCACAUCGGUACAAAGUUCGGGUAGCGAUUCGAGUGUUACAUCCGCCGAUCGUAUAGCAGUUAAUAGUGAUAUUGGUUCGGAUCGUUCGAAUUCACCACAAACAUGGAAACGUAAUACAGCUCUAUCGAGUUCACAACAAUUUGUGCACAACAACAACAAUAACAACGAUGUGUCAGGGGUGACAUAUAGUCUGGCACAAGCUACGGCAGGUAUCGUGACAGAUGGACGCGGUGCGGGUAGUGUUAUUGGUGGUGUUGGUGCCGUAAAUACGUCAGAUGAUCAUGCCAUAUCGUCACACACGACUGCUGCGCAAUAUGAGCAGCAUGAACAGCAACAGGAUCAUCACUUGAAUGCAACUGCGCCCUUGCAGAAUUAUAAGGUUUCAGAGACGAUACGCAAACGGCAGUAUCGCGUUGGUUUGAAUUUGUUUAACAAGAAGCCAGAGAAGGGUAUAACUUACUUGAUUCGACGUGGUUUCCUUGAGAAUACGCCACAGGGUGUAGCACGCUUCCUCAUCUCGCGUAAGGGCUUGUCACGGCAAAUGAUCGGCGAGUAUUUGGGUAACUUGCAGAAUCAAUUCAAUAUGGCGGUGUUGAACUGUUUUGCAUUGGAGUUGGACUUGUCGGGGAUGCAAGUGGAUGUGGCAUUGCGCAAAUUCCAAGCUUACUUCCGCAUGCCAGGUGAAGCGCAGAAAAUUGAGCGUUUAAUGGAGGUGUUCUCGCAGCGUUUCUGCCAGUGCAACCAAGACAUCGUCGGACGUUUGAGAUCUUCGGAUACGAUCUUCGUGCUGGCCUUCGCCAUAAUUAUGCUAAACACCGACCUACACACACCCAAUCUGAAGCCGGAGCGUCGCAUGCGCGUUGAGGAUUUCAUUAAGAAUUUGCGUGGUAUCGACGAUUGUCACGAUAUCGACAAAGAUAUGCUUGGUGGUAUUUAUGAACGUGUCAAAGCCAAUGAAUUCAAACCCGGCAAUGAUCAUGUCACACAAGUGAUGAAAGUGCAGGCCACAAUUGUGGGUAAGAAACCCAAUUUAGCGCUACCGCAUCGACGUCUCGUCUGCUAUUGUCGCCUGUAUGAAAUACCCGACGUCAAUAAGAAGGAACGCCCCGGUGUGCAUCAACGGGAAGUGUUCCUCUUCAACGAUUUGCUUGUGAUUACGAAAAUAUUCAGCAAGAAAAAGUCCUCCGUAACGUAUACUUUCCGUAAUAGUUUCCCGCUAUGCGGUAUGGUAGUCACGCUGCUCGAUGUGGCCAACUAUCCGUUUUGCAUACAACUUUCGCAAAAAGUCGACGGUAAAAUACUAAUCACAUUCAAUGCGCGUAACGAACACGAUCGUUGCAAAUUCGCCGAGGAUCUCAAGGAGUCCAUCAGCGAAAUGGAUGAGAUGGAAGCGCUGCGUAUCGAGGCCGAGUUGGAGCGACAAAAGUCCGCGCGUAACCGUACAGCCGGGAGUUCUGAGAACCGUGAUAGUGGCGUAGCCGAUGUAGAAGUCGGUGCAUAUCAAGCGACACCCGCAAAUGAACUCGUACCAAAUGCGGCUGAUCCAACGCAACAAUUGAAACGCAGCGCGCUGAGCAACAGUCUGCUCGACAUGCAUGAACAAUUUGGCAACGAGAAGCCCCAACGACGCGGCAGUGUGGGUUCCCUUGACAGUGGCAUGUCAAUCUCCUUUCAAUCGACCACCACUAGCAGCGCUUCUCGCGAGAAUGCCGCCGUGAUUGCUGCAGCCGCCAAUGCUGCAGCGGCCAAAAUGCGUUUCAAUCUACCGGCUGGCGCAGCGGUGGCCAUGGGUGGCAAUGUGAGUGCUGCUGUCAUCUAUCCGAAUGCUGUUGGUUCAUAUGCGCAUGCGGCUGCUGGUUUCGUUAGUCAACCACAUGCUAUAUUAAUGCAGCAACAAUUGGUAGCGCAACAACAGCAACAGCAGCAGCAACAACAACAUCUGCAACACAUACAACAGCAGACGCAGGCAGUGCUAAUGCAGCAACAACAGCAGCAGCAAGUGCAUGCUACAAUGCAAGGCUCGAUAACGGGUCGUGUACCGGGCAGUGGACGUGAACGAAAGUCUUCGCGCUCCGACGAGAGUGGUCGCUCCACUGAAGUCUAAAGUGUUCAUGUUUGAUGUAAUUGAAUGGGGUCUAGUAGGGUGAAAGGAAGGAAGGAAGGAAGAAAGGAAAUAAAUGCAAGAAUGUAAAAUUACAUUAACUUCAACAGCGCUAAGUGGAAGUUGGCAGAAUGUGUAUAGAUAUUUGUGAAAUUGUUUGCUGCGAAACAAAAUUGUAUAAAGUAAAAAUAAGCGAUUUUAAUAUUACUCACGGCAAGGUAUUGUACAAGAAAUCUUUAUUUAAGUCUGUUAUAAUUUUUCUUCUUCUAUAAUAAACUACAUAUUUCAUUUUAAGCAGCAUUAUUUAAGCGUAGCUAAAGCAAUGAAAAAAAAUCUUUUUGUUUAUUAAAAAUAAAUUCUCUUAAAAUCAGUUUAUAUUUCCAAUACUUAUUAGUAGCAAGAGAGCCGAGCAGAUCGUAAGUUCUAAAGAAAUUUACACAAAAUAAUGCAAUUCUGCAUAUACUAUAAUUCUAUAUCGGUUUUUAUGGCAUUAUAUUACCAUAUUUCUAAUUUACUAUAUUGCUGUAUUAUACACUCCUAAUACUAGUAAAACUUAACCUACGUCUUUCUUAUGGUAUCACAUAUAAAUAUACAUAUGUACAACCAUAACAAAUCUAAAAAAAAUGGUUUAAAACCUUAUUAUUGUUUAGUUUUUAGUUAUUAUUUUAUUUGCUUUAAUAUGAGUUUCGCUUGUAAAUGAGUAUUUAAUUAAAAAAAAAAUAAAAUAAAAUAAAUAAAAUUAA